AUGGGGGGUCCCACUCCAUCCGUCAUUUCUCCUUUCCACCUUCGCUUUCCGAUUUCCUCUGCCUCCCUGUCAGCUCUCUGCGCUCCUCCCCAAACCUUCCGUGAUACCGACCGUGGUGUUAGCAUGGCGACCAGUAGGAGAGCACUGCCUGCGACUGAAUUCCCCCUCCAGGUGCCAGUGGGCAUCGGUGGGUACAUGGUGACGCUGGAGAUGAAGGACUGCGAAGUCCUUCGCGACGAGAAGGCCGAGUUCACAGAACCUUGCUUCGACCUCGGCCUCGCGUACGAGCUCGAUCGUCUGGGAAAAGGCGACAGGAUGAUCCUGAUCCGCGGUGCGAGUCUUCGCGCCGCCAGGACGGCGUCGAAGGCGGACUAUCUGGUUUUCGGGUCGGCCUUCGGCUUCGAAGCCCUCGCCAUCCCCCUGUGCACCGGGGGCGGACCUCUUCCCGGCAGGCACUGCAGCGUCCUGCUUGUUGUGCGCCCUGGCAACCUGCUUUUGCCCGACGAGGAGGAGAUCGGGACGUUCUACCGUCACCUCGACCCCAAGACCUCCUCCAAGCGGCACGAGGAGGAGGCGGCCAACGUUUUGAGGUUUUUCGGCGAGUGCGUGAAGGCGGAGUUGAACCGUGAGGGAAGGCAGUGGACGGCUGCGCCUCCUUCCGUCGAAGUCGUCUCCGAACGUCUGGAGAGUCUUGCCGCCCCCAUCCGUGAUGUGAGUUUCCAACGUCCAUGUCGCCUUGUCGCCUGGGCUAUCGUCGUCGAGGCGUCGACUCACCCUUUUCGUCGGCGCCAUGUGCUUCGGAUGUUGAUGCAGAAAUUGCCCGACAUCCUCAAGGAGGAGGUCGCCGACACGGGGCUGUUGGCGGUCAACGCGUUCGCGUGGUCGUUGGAGCAUCUGGACGACGUGUAUCGCAGCUACGAUCCGCUCAUCGUCGAGAACCCGAAGAUGGUCGGCUUGAAGGCGCUCCGACUGGAGCUGCUGCACCACGCGGAGAAGGUCGCGUCGAACAAAGGGGAGGCGGCGUCGACCGUGGGCCGUGGCGUCGGAACCGGCAUCGCUCUGGGUGGGGAGGAGGAGCACGAGAGGGAGGACGUUGAGGGGGGCGGGGAGCACGACGGUGGCUCGGAAGAAGAGGAGGAGGACGUGGAGCGUGAGGAGGACGACGUGGCUGUCACCGGCGAAGAGGAGGCAGUACUGUUCGCCGGUGAGAAGGUUGCGGAUAAGAGCGGCGGCAGCGGACCCAAGUUGGGCAAGAAGGCCGGGGGCAGCAGUGGCUCGACCCCGACUAGGAUGGCGUCAAAGGCGGCUAUCGAGCGUCUAAAGGCGGCGGAGAGGGAGAUCAAGAAGCUGAGGGAGGAGAAGCUGGUGGCGGAAAAGAGGCUGGAGUUCCAGACGGCCCGGAAUGACAAGAUUUACGGCGUGGUCACCUCGGCCGUGAACAAGCUCACUACAGUCGCCGAGGGCGUGACCCAUCUCGAGCAGACGUCGGGGAGGAGCAUCCAAACGGCGGUGGACGCUAUGAGGGCGGUCGUGCAGGAGGCGGUGAGCUAUCGCGGCUCCACCCUAGAAUUCAUGAACACGCAGUGGCUGCCCACCGUGCAGGCCCUGCACUUGACGGCUACUGCUGCACAGGGUAGGCGACGGGAGGACGACCUCCUGCUGCUUCGAGGUGUGGCAGAUGCUCUCGGCCAGAAGAUCAAAACAGUCGUGUCUGCCGAGGUGAAGGCCGCCAUGGAGGGCGAGGCGCAGCGGAUCGCCGCUGCCGUGACUGCGAAGGUCGUCCAAGAGCUUAGGGACGACCUGGUGAAGGCGGUCACCUCCGCGACCCAACAGGGCAUUGGCACCGCCGGGUUUAGCCUCCUCCCAACUGCUCUCGCGUCGGUGAUGCACGGCGGUCGCGCAACCGCCGAGGAGAGUGGGCCGGCCCCAAGGCAGUCGGGGAAAAGGGUCGCCGACGAAAAAUCCCUGACCGGCGACCAGACCAGCGGCGCUAAGCGAAGCAGAGGACCUGCGGUGAAACGCGGUGUGGGCGUGGAUCCUCCUGCCCCUCCGUAUGUGGUCGACCAAGGAGCAGAGGCAGAGAACGUCGCGGCGGUGACUGCAGGGCCGAGUGGCUCAACGGUGGAGGCGGCUGUGUGGAGAGCGGCGGAAGAGGCCGGCGGGGUGGACGAAGAGAUCCUCGCCAGCAUCGUGAUGCCGGACCCGGAAAUCGAGGUCAUGCGGGAAAAACUACAAGCAGCAGCUCCCACCGUGGGAGCGCAACAGGGUGCACCAGCCGCCUCGACUGCUCCUGCGGAGGACCAUAGCGCGGCUAGCGCCAAAUCCCCCCCGGCCACAACCGGUGAGGUCGGCGAUGGGAAGCAGAAGCGCAAGGGCAAGGACAAGGCGAAGGGCGGCCCGCUGAAGGUCGGCUCUUCCAAGGGGACGUCCAAAGCGGCCGCGCAGGGUCGGAAGGGUUCAGGCGUCCGCGUUGACCCUUCAAGUGGGCUGGCCGUCUCAGAGAUGAAGUUUGGGAAGAAGAGCCGUUACAUCUGUCGGUCGAUGGACAAGUCCGAGGCCGCCUAUUGCAUUGCUGUCGCCGUUUCGUCGUUCGACGGCUUCGUCAGCGACGUCGUUCUCGACGAGUUCGGUGGGGUCAAGGAGGAAGUGAUGGCGCAGUAUAAGGCGGACUGGAAUGUGGCGCGAUUGAUUCCGGGGGGCAUGUGGAUGGUCAUGUGGAGCCGAGGGGCAAACGUCUUCCGCGACAGGAUAACCGGAGCCGACCGCGCAGCUCUCAUGUUGGCUCUUCGCCCGGCGGUGUGGUUCGGCGACCUUCCGGAGUCGACCGAGCCCGAGAAGGCCGCGAAGAACAAGGUGGCGAGCGACAUGAUCGCACGCGUUUCGAUGUGUGCCGCCUUCGCACCGGUGGCCGCGAAAGUGACGCCCAUUCCGGGCGUCGGGUCGGAGCGGUUGUCCGAGAUCCUCGCCAGUACUGCGGCCGCGGUGUGGUGUUUUUCGGAGACCAAUGCCACGGCGGAAGUAGCGGCCGGCGAAGGGGGGGCGGCAGCGACCGUGCGCGGAGCGUCCAACGAGUUCGCGAGUCGGUGUCGGACCGUCAUCGAGGCGGUGCUUCAGCGGGCGACCUCCCGGGUGGUCGUCGUAGGGGAGGUCGCCGAAACGGUGACGAAGGACCUGCAGGCGGCUGUGGUGAGGUCGCUGCCUGAGGUCGGAGAGGAGCGCGAGCACGACGAGCUGAUCGCCCGUGUCAUGAUAGAGAACCUCGCCUUCUAG